AUGGAUUAUAAUGUGGUGGUUUCCGAUUACACUGCUAUGGAUCGUGUAUUACGCGAAGAACGUGCUUAUAUUUUGAACAUUGUUAAACAAAUUAAAAAAGCUGGUUGUAAUGUUCUAUUGAUUCAAAAGUCAAUAUUGCGUGAUGCAUUAUCUGAAUUGGCUAUACAUUUCUUAGACAAAAUAAAAUGUAUGGUUAUUAAUAAUAUAGAGCGAGAAGAUAUUGAUUAUGUCUGCAAGACAUUGAAUUGUAGACCAAUUGCAAGUCUUGAUCACUUUGUUGCUGAAAACCUUGUAUCAGCUGAUUUGGUAGAAGAUGUCAUGACUGGUAACAGUCAUUUUGUACAAAUUACUGGCAUCAACAACCCAGGUAGAACAGUUAGUAUUAUAGUGAGAGGUUCUAAUAAAUUGGUCUUGGAAGAAGCUGAACGGUCAAUUCACGAUGCAUUGUGUGUUAUCAGAUGUUUGGUAAAACACAGAGCAUUGUUAGCUGGAGGUGGUGCACCUGAAAUUGAAAUCAGUUUAAAAUUAGCUGAACUGGCAAGAUUAGUUACUGGAGUAGAUGCAUACUGUUAUAGAGCCUUUGCUCAAGCUUUAGAAGUCAUACCUUUAACAUUAGCUGAAAAUGCUGGUCUUAACCCCAUCACUACAGUUACUGAGUUACGUAAUAGACAUUCUCAAGGCGAAGUUACUGCGGGUAUUAAUGUCCGAAAGGGAGCAAUAACAAAUAUUCUAGAAGAAAAUGUUGUACAACCAUUGUUGGUAUCCAUUAGUGCCAUAACUUUGGCUUCAGAAACUGUACGCAGCAUUUUGAAAAUUGAUGACAUUGUAAAUACUAGAGGAUAUUAAAAGUUUCUACAUACUAAUUUCUCCGAUCCAGAGGAAAGACUGCACAUAUAAUAUAACUAACAUCCUAAUAAUCUAAUUGGAUCAAAAGUUAAAACUUUAAGCACAAGCUUAAUAAUUAAUAUGUUUGCUCUUUGUGCAAAUAUUUUUUUGUUGGAAAUUU